GGUGAGAUUCCUCGUUUACUUUCGUCUGUUCUUCUAGUUUCUGAAGCUUGCUUUCUUGUUUCAUUACCCUUCUUAAUGUCCAUCUCUCACUGAGACUGUAUUUUUGGUAGAGAAGAUGGGUCUGAUCUCUGUUCUGAAGUCAACGUCGGCUGCUGAUUCAACGCUCCUCGGUGUUUCGCCAUCAAAGUCUUCAUCUUUGAUUCCGUGGUUGAAUCCGGUAAAGAUUGAUGACGUUGACAGGGGAGGAACAGCGUUUUUUGAUGAUGGUGAUGAGGAUGAUGAGAAGGAUUCGAGUGACCAAGUUCUUCCCACAUGAUUCUUGUUUUUAAGUUAUGUUUUCAUUGUUCUCUCUUUUCUAAAAUUCAAAGUAAGCUACUUUCUUGGUUCUGAUUUCGUAUCUUUGGAGGUGUGGAUCAUGUUCUUUUUAUUCGAUGAUUACUUUCAAGUGGAUGGAGUAGAUUGGCACGAGAGUUUCCUUUAAAGGUUGGUGACAAGUUUACUUUCAAAAGCUCAUCAAACCUACAGAGUUUGUCCUCAUCACCUAGAAGAGCAGAAAGUAGAUCACUGUGAUUGACUGAUGAAGUAAUGUUUUGUGUCUAGCUUUCUUAUAUCUAUGGAGGCAUUAUGAUGUUAGCUAAUGUGUUGUGUUUAUGUGUCUGUUACACUAUAUGUUUGUGAUACUAGUCCUGAGACUUUAAUUUUGCUUUAUCUUGUUUAUAUGAAAUUAGUCUUGAGUUUAG